AUGGCGGCGGAUGAUCGUUCGGUGGUCUUGAGGAUAAAACGUAAAAGAACAGAAGAUCCUCUGGAUGCACUUCGUGAGUUCAUCUCCUACACGUUCUAAUUAAGCUCUCUCUUGUCAAAUCUUUGUCCACCUCAAGUGGUAAUGAAAUUUUCAACGGAUGCUGUGUUCCUUACAAAAGUGGGCACAUAUUUCUUCAACCUUAUUAAAUCUAACCCGAAGUAUUUUUGACAGUUGUCGCUCAGGUCUUGAAGAAACCCUAUAUUGCAAGGAACGAAGACUGUGAAAAAGAUGCUACGUAUUUUAAGAACAAUGAGUCAACAUCUACUGAUACCGGUAUGUGGAAUUCGACUUACAUAUGCUGUAAUUUUUCUUCGUAAAUAAAAAGCGAACCUUAAACCAAGCUUUUCUUUGAGUCCUCAUGAAUUGACCCCACAUUGUGCAUUGCUGGUAGACUGGCAACAAAUCACCUUCCAUCCAUAAUUUUACUGGAACACGAGCUUACGAUUUAAAUUCGGGAAUGUGUAAUAUUUCUGAGGAAAAUGUUUCAGAGAGUCUUAGCUCUGAGCUGAAAAUUAAAGUUAAAUUCAAGAGAUAUUUUGCCUCUAGAGAAGAUUUUGGAAAAUGUUCUAUCUUAAGAAAAUAUCUUAUCUCUUCUUGUGUCUUCUCAUCUUAUCUCAUAAACUGACCUGUAAGACUGAGACAGACGUUAGGAGGGAAUAAGGUAAAAUUUCCGCACAGCCCCGUACUAUUGUAAAACAAAUCUGUUUUCCCAAAGGCGAUCUAUUGUUUUUGUCAUUGUUUUCUCUAUCCAAGAACUAGAUUUGAGGCUGUGCAGAGAUUUUACCAGGAACAAGUGUUAUACUAGUGACCUAAUUUGGUUGCAAUAGAACAUGGGUUAAUCAAAGUCUUUGCAAGCAUUAAUUUUAUUUUCCUAUGUGGUGUGAGUUUCUCUCUAAAUUUGACUUUUUUUUCAAAAUUAUCAGUUAUGUUUAAAAUGUAAACAUUCAAAUUCAUGGAAAGCAUUUAAUCAUUAGGAAAAUUGUCAACACAGCAUCAAUGUUGACAGCAAAUUAAGAAGAACAUCACUGAAGAACUGAAAUUUUCAUGAAAUUUCCAAAAUAAAUGAUGCUUUCAAGGAAUUAACAGGACCUCUCGGGCAACAAACACAGCAUAUGAUUUUUUAUACAUUACUGUUAACCUUAAGAUUACAAGAAUGUGCCUGUUUCUGACAAUGAACUAUUUAUUGAUUUCAGUUGAGCGAGUUUUCAAGUUUGUCGGGAGUGUACCUCAGGGAGAUGAAACUAAAAGAAAAGAUUUGCUGGUUAGUAUUAUACUGACUCAAGAAAUCAGGGGGUUGGAAUCAUGCAGAAUUUAGGUUGCUUUUAAAAAUCUCUUUCCUGAAAAUUGUUGAAAGAGUUUACCUUGAAAACUUCACUGAGUUAAUUUUGUGUGUUAUUCAGUUUUGUGAACAAAUUUUUUGAAAAUCAAUCAAUGUUUUUAAAUUCAUUUUUCACUAUAGACUAGGAUUAAACAGUCUAUCAACCAUGAAGACUUGGCUAAAUCCCAUAUCCAAACUCAACAAGCUUUACAAGACAGGUUGCGGAAACAGAAGAAGGUAGAAUUUCUCUUUUUAUCAUAAGUUUCUCUUUUGGUAUAAAUUGGUAAAGUUUUUCUUGAUUCUUUCUUAUGGACCACCAAUUGAAUAAUAACAGUAUCCUUAUCAUCAGUUCCUCAUUUUUUUCGCCAUGACAAGAUGUGCUUUUUUUCCAUUCAUGUUGCAACCCUAAAGAUUCUGUAAUUUGCAAAGCUAGCAAAAUAUAGUUAUGUUAACUGGAUGUCAAUUUCCUUUUGGAGGUGGGUCUAACUAGUCUGAGUCAAUCUAUUCAGAGGAUGGGAACAUUAUUCAACUGCUUAACACUACUCUCAUCCACAUCAUUUCUCAACAAAAGUGGUGCAUUUGUUCCCAGUUGAAUCAAAGUUGUGUUUCCAUGUAUUUGUGUCAUUGUGAAACAAAUAUUAAAUGAUCAUCAGUCUGAAAUUAGCAUAACAACAAGAUAUGUUUCCCCAGCUUCUGAAUCAGGAGGCCAGGUUUAAAGUAAUUUCCUCAAACAGGGAGAAUGACCAUGGAUCAACCAGGUAUAGUACCUCUACUGUUGUAUUACGUCACAUUAUUUCUAUUCAGCUGUAGAAAUCCAGAUGUUGUUUUGCAUUUGUUAUGAUUAUAAUCCUCUUGAUCCAGUGUUAACCCUUUAACUCCCAUGAGUGACCAAAACUGAGUUUCUCCUCACAAUAUCAAUACAAUAUCAAGCAGAUAAGUGAUAAGAAUAGAGAAAAAUAUCAAUUUGGGGAUAAUUAGUUGAUCCAAUACUAAAUUCUCUGAAGUAACAUUAUGUAUAAGAAUUGUAUGGUUGACAGUAAGGAGAAUGAAAAUUUUGAUCUGGAAAUUAAAGGAUUAAGAUUCCUUAAGUUCUAAUUGAAUAUAAUGUAAGAUUUCACAGGUAUUUAAAAGACCACAGUAGAAGAUAUUUUAAGAAUCCAUGCCUUGCAUUUCUUUGUUUGUUCUACACUUUUGAUAAUGAUUUUAUACAAAAAAAAAAUCUAGUGAGUGAACUGGUUAUCUUGUUCACAUUAUUAUUAAGAAAAGGUAUUUCUACACAGCCAAUCAGAAAGUAAAGGGGACCUAACCAAGGUGGAUGCUGCAUCAGGUGGAGCUGCUGAUGAUGUUGAUCUUGAGGUGCAGAGACUUCUAAGUGUAUAUGACCUUGUUAAAGAUCAGGAAUCAAUUAGGUAUGUGGUGAGAUUCUCUCUGGAGUUCAUUUCAAUGUGAUUUGUUAAAUAUUUUGUUUUAUGGGAAGAAAUUUCUUCAUGACAUAGUAGACCUGGAUUAUCUUUUAACCUUUCUUUCUGAUUAUAUGAAACAUAAAUCAUGGUUUCAAAAGUGAUAAUUUGACCCAGUCUAAAUCAGAGACUUGGUUGUAAUUUCAAAAUUAAUGUAGUCAUACAGUUUAACUUCAUAUUUAAUCUAGGCAUACAGACAGGCAUGCAAAAUACCUGAGAGAAUUUAAAAAAAAGACUUCUUGCUUACUUGUCUAACUAAGGGCUGUAAAAGUUAUUUUAUAUAAUACUGAACCUCGUUAUUCUGUGUAAGACAAAACGAAUGAACAAUUGAAUUUUGAACUUGAUUGUACAUGCCACAUUGGUUAAAAAUAUCAAUCACACACUCGGAGAAAGAUUAAAAAAAUUUCUACAACAGAUUAACAUAUACUUUUGUGCUACAUGCUCUAACCAUUUUGUUUUCCAUCAUAAAAGCAACUAGAAAAAAUUUUGGCAGCUAAAUUUGCUGUUCAAGUCACCAAUGUUGCCACCUGAGUAUGCAAGGUUUGGCUUUUGUGGCAAGUUAUAGCAUUUGUUAAACAGCUUUUUAAGCCUAAAUCAAAUUGAGGAAAACAUUUCCAUUAAAUGUUGCUCAUCCAGUUAUCUUCCUUUAACUCCCAUGAGUGACCAAGAGAGAAUUUCUCCUUAUAAUAUCAAUCCAAUAUCAAGCAGACAGGUGAUGAGAAUAAAGAAAGAUAUCAUUCAAGGAAUUAUAAGUUGAUCCAAAACAAAAUUCUCCAAAUGAACAUCACAAGAACUGUACAGGAGACAGUAAGGAGAAUAACUAAUGAGAUCUUGGGAGGUAAAGUGUUAAGUUGCCUGAGUAUGAAGCCUUCAGAAAUCUUCAAAAUAAAUGCAGGUCAUGUGAUGUGUGUGUGUGUGGCAGUUUAGUAUAUGUCAUGUAAUAUUGCACCAAGAGUCUUGUGACCAAAAUUUUAUCUUUGCCAACAAUUUCAUUUUGUAAGGUUGCUAAUUUGUGAGUUUGGAGCCUUGUAUUUUCCAUAUGGGAGUAGUGUUCAAGAAUGCUUUUCUAAUGAGAUGGCAAUAAACACCUUGUUUGUAUUUCAUCAAAUGUAAUUGGUACUUUUGUCUUUACCUUCCUUAAUGCAGUGAAAAAAGACGAGAAGAAAGAAAAUCAAGGAAGGCACAGCAAGCUGCUGAUGUUAAUGCAAUACUUUGCAACUCUGUCAAGAUGAUUCGGGAAAAGUUGACAGUGACUGAUGGUAUAUAAUGCACGCAUUGCUUAAUGAUGGCAGAAUUGGUUUUUUGUCAUUCUCUGCAUGGUUUUGAUUGCCUCAGACAAGAUUUACACUACAAUUGCUGCUCUUUCUUUCUUAAGUAUUUACAAUGUACUACUGUGGCACUACUGUGUAAUUCUCGUUCAUGAUGAAUGAGCUAUUAGCUGUUGGGUGUGACAUGCGCCACUAAGUGAUGGUGAAGUUUAGUUCUGACUUCCCUUUAUUAUCAACUGAAUCUUAAAAACUCUUUUCUUGUUUCCUGAUAUUUGCAUGCCAAUUUAGUUGAUAGAAAUUAGCUCUGAAAUGAUUUUGCUGUUUAGCUGAGCAACUCAAUGGGAUAUUUAAAAGUAAAUUUUUGAAUCAUUAUUUCACAGAUUCUUCAAAAGAAAGAACUGAGCAGAAGAAAUCAGAAGCAAAUGGAUAUGUGUAUGAUUUUUAUUAUGCCCAUGAUAAUCUUGGACAGCUUGGUGAUAUGUAAGUGUUUUGUUAAAUAUUUCCAAAAUCUGUAUACUUCAUAACAUAUAUACCUACAACUAGAUUUGCUUAGGCAAAGGAUGGAGUAUGCUUUAGUUUCUCAUUAAAACUCAAUAGUCUUUGGAAAGGACUGUUAAAUUAUAAUAUUAUUAUAGGUCUUCAGGACUGCAAUUUUUUUUGGACAGACACAAGGAAGCUCUUUCUCAGGCUUAACUCUUUAACCCCAGAGAGUGACUAACAUCAAAAUUCUCCUUACAUUGUUACUGGUGAAUCAAACAUUAGGGUCCUAGGAAUAAAAGAAAUGAUCAAUAUCUGAAGGGGCUCUUGAUUGUUAAACAAAUUCUCCUUGUCAGUACCAUGGAGAUUUACAGAGAACAGUAAGGAGAAAAUGCAUACUGACCUUGGGAUGUAAAUGAAUGGAUACUAGGUUCUUAUCCAAACGCAUGGAAACUUGAACUGCUUACUUCAAGAAAUUAACCCUUUAACUCCCAUGAGUGACCAAGACAGAAUUUCUCCUUACAAUAUCAAUACAAUAUCAAACAGAUAAGUGAUGAGAAUAAAGAAAUAAUGUCAAUUUGGGGAUAAUUAGCUGGUCCAAUACUAAAUUCUCUGAACUAACAUUAUAAGAAUUGGAUUACUAACAGUAAGGAGAAUUAUAAAUUUGAUCUUGGAGUUUAAGGGUUAAGUCAUGCUCAGUAGCUUUCAUUAGAAUGGUUACACAUACAGCUCCCAUCCAUUGAAAUUAUAACCACUUUGUUUGUCAUAAACAACAGUGCCAUAGGCAAGAACUAGUUCGUAGCUUUCAGAUGAAUGGUCACACACUAUGGUUUCAUCGACAGACAGAUGAAGAAGAGGGAACCACCUAAUGCAACAUAUUUUAGCGACGUGUAAAAGUUCUGCUCGUUAGCUUUCAUUCUAGGGGAUUGUAUGACAUGAAAGUAUUUCAAAAACCCCCCUCUGAGUAGUCAUCGCUCAAAGUAUUAGUGUCAUUCACAUGUUUAUCAUCUCAUUAUGUAUAUAAUUUUGUAAAAUUUUCCAGACAGGCGAUAGAAUUGCUUUCCUUUUGUAGCUGGCUCACAAUUAUCAAACAAAUAUUUUUCUCUUAGAGUUGAAGUUUUGCCUUUCGAUGCUGACCUUGUUCAUGAAAGUCUUGGUGAAGAUUUUGGUGAAAUAUAUGACGAUGAAGAUGAUUCUAAUGGUUGGUAGAUAGUAUUUUAAGUUUUACCUGGGUUCUUUUUCACGUUAAACGAGAAGACUUUCUGAGUUUGUGGAGAAGGGGAAAAAAAAGAGAAAAGAAGUGAAGAAACUGUUGAUGCUCUUACAUGCAAGUGGUAACAAUUCUGUUGCUUAGGAAGGAUCAGAUCAUAUCCUGGAAUAACUUCCCUGCUUUUCGACGAGCAAUAUUUUUUGUUUUGGAAAAAAAUUUCUUCGUUUUUAAAGAACAAUUCAUCUUGUUUGAUUACCUCUUCAACCUCCCUUUCGCCUUUCCCCUAAUUUUGCCACACUUUUAAGUUCUUGUGUUCACACCAAACUACCAGGAUCCAUUUCACUGAUGCUUUAAAUCAAUUUUUCAGACGAAGGAAACUGGCGAAAUGAUUAUCCUGACGAAGAUGAUCAAUGGUCAGAUUCAUCCCAGGACAAAAGAUAUUACGAAGAUUACGGAUUUAAUUCUGGUAAGUUCAUUUACAAGAAUCUCCUGUAAAGUAUCUUGAUAACAAAAUAAUUUUUGGGGCAGGAAUUGCUGCAAGCCACCAGUAACUGAAAUUUGUUCAAAAAACAGUAAGUAAUGAUUGCAGAGAAACAAGAAGCUUUUUGUGUAACAUGGGAAAGGACGUUAUAAAUACUGCUCAAGAAACUUAUAACUUAUGUCAAGAGAUUUUAAAAAUGCAUUUUUUUCCUCUUAGAUGAAGAAUAUCGAAGGUAUGCUUUCGACGAAGAUCGGUCGGACGAAGAUCGGUCUAACGAAGAGGACGACUAAACCCGGUGUAGCUCACAUUAGCAACUCAUAUCGCUGUUACACCCAACGGAAAGACCGUGCGCGACAUGCUGUGGAUUUUUGCCUGCUCGCGCAAAGUGAAGCGAACUAUUUGCAUCCUAGUAUGAAUGCUGUGGAAAGCGUUCUUGGAUAAAGUGAUGAGAGAUAAAAACAUCGGAACAGAUUUAUGCAAAGAGGACUUAGCAAAGUUAUUUCCAUCUCAAUCAGGGGUAGAGUUACGAUAGGUCAGUAGAAUGGAUAGCCUAAGGAAAAAAAGAUCGGCUGGCACGGAAAUAUGAACUGAGUUAAUGAAAAUUAGUUGUUCGGUUGCAUCCCGCUUGAAUUGCUUCAGAGCUAGCUUUGUUUCAAUACCAAUUGCACGCCAAACAAAAUGUAAAUGCAAUGAUAUAUUCGCCAUUGAAGUGAAGUUAUUUUGGUUUAACAUUUGUGACAGAAUUUCUAAGUUGUAUUGUCCGAACUUGAAAUAAAUGUCAGAGGCUUUGAG